AUGGCGGAAGGAGAUGAUAAUGUGAUCAAACACAAAGCAUAUGCGCGAGUUGGUUUACUCGGAAACCCAAGCGAUGUCUAUUACGGCAAAACAAUCGCUUUCAGUCUUUCCAAUUUCUAUGCCACCGUUCAACUUCGUCCUUCCGAUGAACUCGUCAUUCAGCCACAUCCUACUCACGAUCUUGUCAGCUUCGAUUCUCAUCAUCAACUGGUUGAUAGAUUGAAGAGUGAGGGUUACUAUGGUGGAGUUCGAUUGCUUAUGGCUAUUUAUAAAGUUUUUUAUAAUUAUUGUAAUGAUAAUGAGAUCUAUCUUCAUCAUACUAAUUUCACUCUCUCAUAUGAUACUAAUAUCCCUCGUCAGAGUGGACUUUCGGGUUCUAGUGGGAUUGUGUGUGCUGCCUUGAACUGCUUUCUAGAUUUCUACAAAGUCAGGCAUCUAAUCAAGGUGGAGGUGAGGCCUAACCUUAUCCUUGCCGCCGAGGAAGAACUUGGAAUAGUUGCUGGUCUUCAAGAUCGAGUUGCACAAGUUUAUGGUGGCCUAGUUUAUAUGGACUUUAACAAGGAAAGCAUGGACAAAUUAGGGCACGGAACUUAUAUACCAAUGAAUUUGAGUCUACUCCCACCUUUAUACCUCAUCUAUGUAGCGAAUCCUAGCGACUCUGGGAAGGUUCAUAGUAAAGUACGUCAGAGAUGGGAUGAUGGUGAUGAGCUCAUCGUGUCAACUAUGCUUGAAGUGGCAAAUAUUGCGGAAGAAGGAAAGACAGCAUUAGAAGAGAAGGACUAUUCCAAACUAGCAUCUCUCAUGAAUAAAAAUUUCGACCUGCGAAGGUUGAUGUUCGGAGAUGAAGCACUUGGUGAUGUCAACAUAAAAAUGGUGGAGAUUGCUAGAAAGGUUGGAGCGGCGUCGAAAUUUACAGGUAGCGGGGGAGCUGUUGUUGCAUAUUGUCCUGAAGGAACUUCUCAAGUAAAGCUUCUUGAGGAUGAAUGUCACGAAGCAGGAUUUGUUUUAAUACCUCUUGAACCUUUUCCUUCUCGGUUAAAUGAAAUAGACUUGAAAACCAUGCAGAUGUAA